AUUAAGUCGCCAAGCACAAGUCUACGUGCGAACUUAAGAAGAAGUCCAUAUGGAAGUAGAGAUGGUAUUCGGCCCAGAUUAACGCGUGGACACGAUGUCUCAGGAUUCAGACCGGUGUCUUGCUUGCGUCCGGUCCCGCCGGUCGGAUUUAGCCAAAUGGAUAGAACAGAACCCGGUGGUUGUACUGAGGUGGCUGUACGAAGCUGGGGCUUUCCCCCAGGAGAAAUAUCACAGUCUCCUGAAAUGCAGCCCGCAGAGCAACCAGGUGAUAUCCCUUCUUGAGGUGGUCACUCAGGAUGAAGAGAUAUGCAAAACGUUCGUCCACGUCCUACAGCAGGUGCAGGAAUAUUACAGCUUGGAGUUACAAAAGUGGCUUAGGAAUACGUUCCCAUCCUACUUCAAACAGCCUCUCGGUUCAAUUGAAAAAGAGAAAUGUGAUAAGAAUGGCUCUUGGCGCUGGACCAAAAUCAAAUCAAAGUUGAUGAAAAAAAGUGGAUACGAUAUGGGAUGUCAAGGCAAAGUUAUAAGUACAUCGAUCAAAAUGUGUCCCCUAAAAGCUUCUUUGCAGAACCACAAGCAAUCUCUUCUGAAGCAAACUUCUAAAGUCCAAGGGAACCUGGGAACUUCAUACUCCUGCUGCGAGAUGCUUGAAAUCAGGUACACCGAGCUCUUCAUAACUAACGAUGAACCAUCCGGAACUCCACCACAGCACGAGUACUUUGGGCUGGCCAAUCGUCGGGCUCGAAUCUUCGAACACAACAAGCAUCAGAGAAUAAGUCUGACGAAGAUCGUUUCGCCACUGGAACCAGAUCUGCAGCAACCACGUAAGGUCCUGGUAACGGGUAUCGCUGGAAUCGGAAAAAGCUUGGCCAUGAGGAGGUUGAUGCACGAAUGGGCGAUCGGAAUGGCAUGUAGAAAUGUGUCUUGUGUUAUACAUUUUGCAUUUCGCGAACUCAAUUUGAUAGAGUAUCCAAUCAGCUUUCUUGAUCUCAUCAAACAGUACCACGCACAUUUGCAGAAUGUGGCUGAGGAGCUAUGCAACGACCCAACGGACCUUUUGGUGAUACUAGAUGGUCUAGAUGAAUUCAAGCAUCAAGUCAACGAUGGGAAACACGUCCAUAGCAUCACGGAACAGGUCUUCAUAAAAGACCUUAUUCAUAGCCUCCUAAAAGGGACUUUAUUAUCCAGGGCAACUAUUGUAGUGACCAGCAGGCCCCAUACUUCCACUCCUCUGGAGAACUUUGACCGAAAAGUAGUUAUACUUGGGUUUGAAGAAAAGCAGGUGAAAGAGUUCUGCUCUAGGUUUUUCAAUGAUAAAGUAAUAUCGGAGGAAGUCUUCCAGUAUAUCAGACAGAAUGAUACUCUGUCAGGAUUAUCCUUUAUUCCGCUUUAUUGCUUUAUCAUUUGUACAGCACUCAGUCAUUACUUCCCCGGUGGUGAAGCAGACAACUGUAGCGAGCAACCACCUCAAACCAUGACUGAAGUCUAUCGUUCCUACCUGUGUACCAUCAUGCAUCACCACAUGAGGAACAUAGAACCCAAGAUAGGCAAUUCGGAGCAGGAACCCAUUGCGUUCUGCAGUCCACCGGUCUUUGCCGAAAUGAAAGAUGUUUUGUACCAACUAGGGAAAAUGGCUUAUUAUUCAUUGUUAAACAAUAGGAUUCUUUUCUACAGAGAAGACCUCAAAACAUAUGGGUUUGAUCCUUCGCAAUUACCGGACUCAUUUUUGCACAGGGUAUUUGUCCAUGUGGACGGUUUGGGGCAGACAGAAAUGUUUUCCUUCUUCCACAUGACUCUUCAAGAGUACUUUGCAGCUCUGUAUUGUGUGAUUUCGAUGUCCUCUGCGCCUGAGGAGCUGUUGCAGUGCUUGGACCUGUGGUGCUUGGGGACGCGUCCGAGAGAACCGGUGCCAAGUCAACUCCUCUCUUCCACCCUGAAAACCAUGACUGCCCAUUGGGAGAACUUGCAAAUGUUUUCACGAUUUUUCGCAGGUCUUCUCUCCUACAGGAUAAAAGGGAAAUUACAAGGUCUGGUUGAACCCUUGAGUGAGGACAUAUUAAAUCCUGUAGCCGACUGGUUUAAAGGAAAAAUCCAAUACGCCGUCAAUCAAAGCCUCUUAAAUCUCUUGCAUUGUCUACGGGAAUUAGAGCAACGUACAGUGGUGGAAAAAGUGGCACCUGAUAUCGAUGAGGUCAAUUUGUUCAAGGUGACCCUAAACCCUUCGGACUGUGCUACCCUAUCUUAUGUGCUUCAGCACUCCACCACUAGACUGAAAAUGCUCAAUCUUGGAUAUGCCAAUAUCGGCAUGCAAGGACUCAGGCGGCUACAGCCUUUACUCCACCGCUGUCAAACACUUCACCUCCGCUAUAACUCUCUGGAUAAGGAGGCUGCCAUCAUGGAGGCCAACGUGCUGAAAUCUCCUACUUGCCAAGUCAGAUGUUUACUGAUGUGCGGUAACAGCAUUGGCUCAGAAGGAGCGCAACAUUUAUGGGAAGCGUUGAGUUCCAACCAGACACUGGAAGAGCUUUACGUGGACAUCACGGGGAUAACGGAUAGUGGUCUGGACAACUUACUUCCCUGUCUGACAAACAACACAACGUUAAAAGUAAUAACGAUUGUGGGUAACAACCUAAGCGAGCAAGGAAAAAAGAUGUUGCGGGAAUUGCAGAGGCUCCGACCCACUUUGAAGAUCCUCAGCACCUUUUUGGGUGACAUGGGCCUUUUACAAGCCUACAUAGACUGGGUGCAGGACCUCAAAGAAGACCCCCGGCUCAUGGAUUCGGCCAAAAACGCAGAUGCCCUGCGCAAUGUCUUCAAAGAACUCAACAAGGAGGAGAGCGGGGAGACAAAUCAGGAUCUUGAAGAAAGGAAGGAGAAGUUGAAGGAUGAGAUAAGCAAGCUCCUGGGAGACUCUUUAAUGAGUCCUUGACUCACUGCACCAUAUCAUGGCCGUCUCCCUUUUCAUAACGCCAUAAUGAGGUAUAUUCACAAAGAAGACCCCUGGAGGCAAGAUGGAAAGUGUGGAGAAAUCGCUAUGGCAACUGACGGGAUUUAGUCAUCCAGAUAAGUUGUUGCAGAGACGGCCCAUGGACCUUUGAAUAAUAGCCUCAGUGACCACAUGUCUUUUUAUAAGAAUAAUACAUUAAAUACACUCCCUGGGUAAUACUUGUACAUACGUAUGUGUAUCUAAACAAGCAACAACUACUUCUACUGCACUUUGCUUUUGCUGAUUCCACAAAAUAAAAAAAAAAAUGGUAUUUCUCGUUAAAUCAGACAUCCCAAAUAUCAGGAAAUUCUUUCCACUAGACAAUGCAUCUAGCCCUUUCAACAUUAUAUUUUGAAUUAAAAAAUAAAUUAAAAUAUGUUAUCACA